AUGACCUGGUGGUCGUCCAUAAGUAGUGCUUCUAAGCUGGCAACUUCUGCCCUCAAGGAGGCUCAAAAGAAACUUGAUAAGGUUCUCGCUAUAGAUGAUGAGGAUCCUCAGAGCGACAGACAAGAUGACAAUUUCUUUCUUAUCCCCGGGUCGUCAACAGAGCGGGCGAUGGUUGGUUCGGCACCGAAUGGGGUCCCUGCAGGGGAGGCACUGAAAUGCCAUCGGCGUGCUUCCUCCUCGCUGUCUUCCGGUCCGAUGCCCGAAUCGGAGGCCGGGGAGGACAUAUUGGAGCCAAACCCUCUUGCGCAUGGGAGACCAUCAAGCCUCGUUUCAGUCUCAGACGCCGCAUCAUCGCUCUCGGUGCCUCAGGGCAAUGUCUCCAGCCCAGUGGAGAUGAGCAUUUCGGGCACAUUGAGCGCGGAUCCAAUGAAGGCACAGACAGAUCAGGUAGAGGUGGAGAAGACGGAGGAGGCCGCCCCAAAACUUGAUAAUCCUCCCUCUGAGGCCCGGAUUGAAGUACCCACCAGUGGAACCGCGUUUGCCUCUCCCUCGUCGAAGUUGCGUGUUGAUGAAGAAUCAAUAGCUACUACUACUAGCUCAGAGAUUGAGGUCAUCUCUACAUGCACUUCUGUCUAUGAGGACUCGAUACCCCAUCUAAAUACCAGUCUGAAUCGUUCAAUCAUCGGCACAGGCGUUAUUGGCCUUAUUUGGCCUGCCUUAAAAUGUGAAUUCCUCUUUUCAGGUGCUUCUGCCAAUCAGGAUUUACUCCAUCAGAAACUCGCUGAAGCGACAAAGUUGCUGGAAUCUCGGGAAGCGAAAUUGGUGGAGGUCUGUCGCACUAAUCUAUCUCUUCAGGAAGUGAAUGAGUUCCUCCACGCCAAGCUCGAGGAAGCUGGACUUCCCCACGACUUCAAUGCGGCAGACUUGCAGUCUCUGACUGAUGAGUUUACGGAGCGAUUGGCUACCACUGAGAGAAAGCUGCAGGCUAUAGUACGAGAACGCGAUCAACUUCGAGCUCAGUUGCUCAGCGCAAAUGCGUCCACUGAGCAGACGGUACGGCAUGCCUACGGUGAGCAGGAAAAAGCUCUUCGGGUAAGAUGUACACGACUUGAAAGUUCUUUGUCAGAGAAGGAAACUCAACUUGCCGACUUACUUGCGGAAGGGAAUAAGAUGGCUCAGGAACAGUUGAAAACUAACACCUUGAUUAAAACUCUCCGCUCAAAAGUGAAAACUUUGGAGUUGGAAAAGGAAAAGUUCAGUGUUAAUUUUACAAAGGCUCAAGUAGAAAUCGAAGACCUAAAAUCCGAAAUUGCUAUCCUGCGGGGAAAUGAAAAGAAGCUUCAGGAAUCCCUCAAUCAACUCAAUCGUAAAAAUCUGAAAUUGGAAAAAGAUGUGCUUGCCGUAAAGAAUGAACUGGAUUCGUCCAAGGAAAAAGCGGAGGCACUUGAUCGUUUACGUCUGGAGCUGGAGAGUAAGUUAUCUGAUAGUGCAAUGGGCCUGGCGACAGCCCAACGGGCGCUCUCGGAGGCGCAGACACGCACAGAGACGAUUCGUGAUGUGGAAGAGGAACAGCAGAGCCUUCGCGAUGAAGUGAGUACUCUGCGCACUCAGCUUGAGGAGACACGGGUGACUGCGGUGCGCCAGAAGCUGGACGCUGAACAACGUCUGCAAAGGGUGCGGCAGGAGGUCAACCACUAUCGUGAGCAAUUAGCGGAAUCAGAGGCACGUUUUGAGUCCCUUGGCGAGACCGCGACCUCGGUGGCAAAACCGCUGCUACGACAAAUUCAAGCCCUUCAGGCCAAGAUGGCUGAGCAGGCGAAAGCCUCAGAAGCCACUGAACAGAGUUUGUUGGCUCUGGUUGCGGAUUUGAAAAAGCGCUUGGACAUAGCAGAGAAAGCAGAACGUUUAGUUCAGGAGCGUCUCAAUGGCGCAGAGACUGCAGCAGAUGCUCUGAAGGAAGAACUUGCUCUAGAGCGAGCGGCUUCCAGUCAAAUGCAUGACCAACUCUCUCAGCACAAUUUGCAGGCCUCCUCUGACAAGUCUCAUAUUGAAAAACUAAACGCCGAACUGGCCUCCCUCCAUCAACAACUAAUCGCAGCGGAAGAUGCCUGUGAUACAACCGCAGCCGCCUUGGUCACGGAAAGAGAGGAGGUGCUUGAGCUUCAAUCAGAGCUUGCUCAGGUGAAAGCCGAUUUGGCCCAGGCACUGGCUAAAACGGCAACUACCACCGCCACUGCCUCCACUUCCCCUCACCCGAUCAUGGGAACAAACUCGAGACGAUCUUCCGGCACCCAACUGUUGAUACCGACCUCUCAGGACUCUGCUGCGAAUCUCUUUUCGGAGACAACCGCGUCGGUCCAGCAGUGUUUGCUCUCACCCCCUCCGCGUCCGUCCCCUCUGCCAACAGGCCACUUCGCUAGUAGCCUCUCUUUCCUCCAAAGUCUUCUCCGGCAACGUGAGGGCGAAGUUGGCCAAUUGAGACGCGAGGUGGUGCGUCUCAAUGAAACGCACGAACGUCUCCUCACAGCACUCUCUGAACAGACUGCGAAAACGGAUCAGUGUACGUCGCCAGACGAUUCUUUUCCGGCCAACGAAGGUGACCAGGACAGCCUCUUGCAACGUUACGAUGUCCUUCUCCAUCUCUAUGGUCGGAAGUUGGAGGAGAACGAGGAGCUUCGUAUGGACCUUCGUGAAGCCAAGGAAGCUUAUCAAACUCAGUUGAAUGAUCUUUUGAACAAACUGAAUGCUGGCCGAUGA